CUUCAUACGCAAUGUACUGGAUUUUGCUGUUGACGUCUCUCUUGCCAUGGCAUCCCCAUGCAACUGCCCAAUUUCUGGAACCCGAUUGUGGAUAUAUGUCACCGGAGGCACUCCAAAAUGAGGAGCACCAGGCGCACAUAUCCGAGAGUCCUUGGAUGGCUUACUUGCACAAAUCUGGCGAGCUUGUAUGUGGCGGAACUCUCGUAAAUCAUCGAUUCAUCCUGACAGCAGCACAUUGCAUACGAGAGGAUGAAAACUUGACUGUGCGACUGGGCGAGUUCAACAGCUUAACUAGUAUCGACUGCAACGGCUCCGAUUGCCUGCCACCUUCCGAGGAUUUUGAAAUAGAUGUGGCCUUCAGGCAUGGGGGCUAUUCCAGAACCAAUAGGAUCCACGACAUUGGACUUCUCCGGCUGGCCAAGUCGGUGGAGUAUAAAGGUUCAAGAUACAUAGAUGGCACACAUGUAUAGAUGGCAAUGCAAAAGUUUCUCCUUCCCAUAGUUCACAUUAAGCCCAUUUGCCUGAUCACAAAUACGACCCUUCAGCCGAAGAUUGAAAGACUCCACAGGCUGGUAGCCACUGGCUGGGGCCGCAGCCCAUCGGAAGCUGCAAACCACAUCCUAAAGUCCAUUCGCGUAACCAGAGUGAAUUGGGGUGUGUGCAGCAAAACAUACUGGGUUGACCGUCGUAGGGAUCAGAUCUGCGUGAGUCACGAGUCCGGAGUGUCGUGCAGCGGCGACUCCGGCGGACCCAUGGGCCAAGCCAUUCGGCUCGACGGUCGAGUGCUCUUCGUUCAGGUCGGAAUCGUUAGCUAUGGCAACGCUGAGUGCCUCAGUCCCAGUGUUUUCACAAACGUGAUGGAACAUAUUGAUUGGAUAAUGGCGGCGUUGAGCACAACUCACAUUUGAAGAAUGCAUUCUUUUAUCAGCAAAAAAUAAAAGUAAAAUAAUUAAUUUUAAAUCUCAUU